AUGGAUUUCUACAAUUGUGAAGAUAUUAGAAUAGCAAAAAAAAUACUUACCAGCGAUCUAGAUGCGUUAAAUCUAGAAAAAGAUGAUAAAAUAAAGCCAAACAGUUCUGGAAACUCUAAAAAGGACAAGGUUAGUGAUUUAAUACUAACAAUAAAAACAAUUCUGAGCAACAAAAUUGAAAGCAAAUUGCCUCAGUAUGCUGCUCUCAACCUUUUUAAAAUUCCAAGCUCAAAAAAAGCUAAAUUUGAGUCAAUUCUUGACGAAAAGUUAAAAAAAUUAGAAGAACUAUUUAUUGAAGAAAGAAACAUCUUCCGAGAAAUAGUAAAUGAUGCGGCUAUUAACAAUAGCCCAAAAGUAGAAAGAAAGCAGCAAUCCGAUUGCAAGACCGAAUCGAGCAAGCAAUCUGACUGCGAUGGCGAUGUAAGAAAAAUUACGAAAGUUGGAAAAAUAGGGGAUGGCAUGGUCAGGCCGAUCUUGGUCAGAUUUGAUGAUGAGAAAAUAAAGGACAUAGGACAUAGUUUUUAA